CCAAUUAAGCAACAACAUUUUAAGUCCUUAGUCCACCAGGUCCUUACGGUAUCGUCACCACUGGGUAUUGUAAUUGAAUUGAGCAUUCUCAUGUUACAGAUUAUUCAAAACUACGGUACUCUUUCCCCGCGAUGAACAUUUCAGACGAUAAUCCGAAUUCAUAAUCCUUUAUUUUGCAAUGCCUCAUUCGACUAGAGGUCCAUCGCCUGGUCGAAUUGCUCAAACAAGCUUCAAAUUUCCAGGUGACACGAAGGCCAGCUCGCGCACAUCCAUGGAGAAAUUUCCAGACCUUGAUACUACUGAUACAUUCGAUCAAUACGAUGGACAGCAAUCUUACAACUCACGAAAGACCAAUGGAUAUGCCAACGGAGGACCUCCUCCUGUGGAUCGUUGGCAGCCACAAAGAAAUGGUAGAAUGAGAGGGGAUUCUUGGACAAAUGCAGAAUCGAGUAACGGUAGAGGGCAUAAAAAGCAGAAGAGUCUCAGUGAUGCAUUCAAGACAAUUAAAUCGAGGAAAGGAAGUAUGAGUGCGAAUGUGCAUGAGAUAUCGGAUGCCCUAAAGGCUCCAGUCUCUCCAAAAUUAAUUGUUUGUGAACUUCUCCUGCACAUUGUUCAUGAAUGCUAAUUCAAUCUACGUAGGUCCUAUGUAUAGUAUGGUAUCUUUCAAGCGCCCUAACAAACACAUCUUCAAAAUCUAUUCUGAAUGCAUUUCCAAAACCUGCGACUCUUACUCUCAUACAAUUUGCAUUUGUCGCAUUCUACUGCCUGUUUUUCUCCUGGCUUUCCUCGACAUUUCCACAACUCAAAAAUGCGAUUCCUGCUUUACGACAUGGAAUUCGAUAUCCCACAAAAGAAGUAAUCAUGACCACAAUACCUCUCGCUGCCUUUCAAAUCGGUGGUCAUCUGCUAUCUUCUACCGCGACAGCCAAAAUCCCGGUCUCGCUAGUUCACACUAUCAAAGGGCUGUCCCCCUUAUUCACGGUGGUCGCAUACCGACUUAUAUACAAUAUUCGCUACCCAGUGGCUACAUAUCUCUCCCUCGUCCCUCUCACACUCGGCGUCAUGCUCGCCUGUUCGGCAGAAUUUAAGGGGAACAUAUUUGGUAUAAUUUACGCUUUCCUCGCCGCGAUAAUAUUCGUCACUCAAAACAUAUUCUCGAAAAGGCUCUUCAAUGAAGCUGCAAUCGCAGAAGCGGCAGGUCAGCCACGUACCAAUAAACUAGACAAACUCAAUCUUCUUUGCUACUCAUCUGGUCUCGCUUUCCUCCUUACGUCACCUAUCUGGUUCUGGUCAGAGGGUAUUACUCUCUUGGGUGAUUUUUUCCACGACGGGUCUCUUGAUUUAAGUUCCCACCCAGAAGCCUUCGAUCACGGACGUCUAGCCCUCGAAUUCAUCUUCAAUGGAACCUUUCACUUCGGCCAAAACAUCAUCGCCUUCGUCCUCCUCAGCAUGGUUUCACCCGUCACCUAUUCCGUCGCCUCCCUCAUAAAACGUGUCUUUGUCGUCGUAAUUGCAAUCAUUUGGUUCCAAAACCCCACUACCAAAAUUCAAGGUCUAGGAAUCGCCCUCACAUUCUUUGGUCUCUACCUUUACGAUCGCACCAAGGGCUCUAACAAAGCAGAUCGCAAAGCUAAACUGAUGAAUAUAAAAGAAGAAACCCUCCUUCCCCUAAACACAACCUCUGGCAGCCUCAACCCCGGAACCCAAGCCCAUGUUCUAUUUGAAUCCCCACUUCAAGCCCGAGGCGGCGGUUACUCUUUAUCUUCCGGUAAUUCAGAUUACAAAAAAUCUGACGAUAAUUCCUUUGAUAAAAUGGGGAGGUUGAGGGGCAGUAGUAAUGCUUCUUGGUUACCGCCUGGGACUAAACAAGAGGAUACCUGGAGGCCAAGGGAAAUUACUGCGAAUGGGCCCGGGGUUAAUGGAAACGGCAGUGGUAUUUCCAUUAACUAGCGGUGCUUAACAUAUGAUGUUUUAUAUUAUAGAUGAGAUGGGUUUGAUUCUGAUUUCAAUCUUCGAUUACUUUAAUUUAGUUUAGUUUACUUUAACUCACGAGAUGAACGGAAAUGCACCUGCGCAAGCAUUGAAUGGUACCUUGGGUGUAUAGAUACCUACCCACAUACACGGGCAUCACCAUGAAUCGGAGCAAAUGGGCUGGCGUUUUGGUUGGACGAUAUUAGAGAUCUUGAAUAUGCUAUUUACGGUCUGUCUAGAUACGUACUCACAUACUUGAAAAGAAUCAUAGAUGGAGUUUUGCGGUUCACCGGUCCUGGAUCCGGAUUUGUAUCAUUAAUUAGAACGCUUGUGAAUGCGUGCGUAUGUAGAGUUACAAAGUGGUGGGUAGAUAUCUGCCUAUCUAUCUAUCUAUCUAUCUAUCUAUCUAUCUAUCUAAUAAAUAAGAUCGGAUA